AUGGCGUUGUGUAAGGCAAAAGGAGAAGGAGGAGAAGGAGAAGAACCAGUAAGUCCCACUGGUCAGUACUUCAACAGUUCAGCUCUCUCAAUCUGUAUUCUUGCUGUUCUGGAAUCAGAAAUUCCUAUUGAUGAUUCCACGGCACUGCCAUUGCUCAACAAUGUCUUUCUACCCAUCAAUCCUCGCUUCUCCUCCAUCAUGGUUAAAGACAAAGAUGGAGGGAAAAGAUGGAAAAGAGUAGAAGUGAAGCUGAAAGACCACAUUCAAGUUCCAAUUUUCCCCAGUGCAGAAUCAUACGACACCUACAUCAACGAUUACUUAUCAAAAAUCUCAAUGAAGCAGUUCCCUGAGAACCGACCCUUGUGGGAAAUUCACAUCAUCAAAUACCCCACAAAGCAUGCAGCUGGAACUCUGGUAUUCAAACUUCAUCAUGCACUCGGCGAUGGAUUUUCUCUCAUGGGUGCUCUUCUUUCUUGUCUACAAAGAGCUGAUAAUCCCUCUCUUUCCCUCACUUUUCCUUCUCUCCAAUCAACCACACCUACCAUCCCUCAUCAGGAUACUAGCAUUCUAUGUAAGGUGCCUAAGAUGUUCUCCUCGGCUUUCAAUACGGUGUCCGAUUUUGGAUGGAGCGUUUUGAAGAGUGUUUUUGUAGAGGAUGAUCCAACUCCUAUACGAUCUGGGACUAGUGGAGUAGAGUUUAAGCCAGUUACCAUUUUAACACUCACGUUUUCGCUCGAUCGAAUCAAACAAAUUAAGGCCAAGCUUGGAGUGACAAUAAACGAUGUAAUAGCUGGAAUAAUCUUCCUGGGAACUCGACUGUACAUGCAAUCAGCUGAUCCAAGUAAUUUUAACAAGUUGAAGACGACCAGCCAUCAGCACUCCACAGCACUGGUUUUACUAAACACAAGGAUAAUCAAUGGUGGCUACAAGUCGGUGAAGGAGAUGACCAAGCCCCAAGCUGAUUCUCCUUGGGGAAAUCAAUUUGGUUUCAUUCACGUAUCAAUUCCUCAUCUCCACUCUCUUCAUAAGCCCCUUGACUUUAUCUUCCAAGCACGCAAAUUAAUCCAGACGAAGAGAAAUUCUCUUGCAGUCAACCUCACCGGUCAACUUCUCGAGCUUCUCAGAAAAUUUAGAGGCCCUGAGUCAACAGCAAGAUACAUUCACAAGACACUGAAGAACUCAAGCAUGACAAUAUCAAACAUGAUUGGUCCUCAGGAGCAAAUGGCUUUAGCUAAUCAUCCAAUUAAAGGCUUGUACUUCAUGGUGGUUGGUGUUCCCCAGAGUUUAACCAUAACAAUGGUGAGCUACGUGGGAAAUCUUAGGGUUGCAGUGGGAACAGAAAAGGGAUUUAUAGAUCCCCACAAGUUCAAUGCUUCCAUAGAAAAUUCAUUUGACUUGAUUUACGAAGCUGCAAACGAAGUAAACUAG